AACACAUGUUUCAAUAGGAUCUUUUAUAUACCGUUGUGCGUAAGCUGCGUAGCCGGAUAAACGUGAUAACGUAAUUUUGUAAAUAAUGGCGAGUGGAGAAUCACUUGCAGAAGUAACAGAUGUUAUACAAAUUCUACGACAAUGGGAAGAAGAACAUAAUACACCAACCUAUGAUCCUAUACCUGUUCUUCAGAGAUUAGCAGAUAUAAUAGAACUUGAGACAGAAAAUUAUAUGAAAAUGGAUCCUGAUCCAUUUGAUGAAAGACAUCCAUCACGUACUGAUCCAGAAUGUAAUUUUGGACACAUAUUGAAAGUUUUAUUCAGAAAGGAUAAUUUUAUGACAAAGUUAAUAAAUGAUUAUUUGAGAGAUACAUACUGGUCUCGAGCAGGAAUAACUGGAAAGGAUGUUAGAAAGCUAAAUAUUGCUGCUUGUCGUUUAAUGCUAGAUAUACUCCCAGGAUUAGAAACCUCAGCAGUAUUUCAGCCAGACAUGGAAGGUCUUAUACACAGAUUAUUUUCUUGGGCAGAAAAAAGCAUUGAACCAUUGCAGAGCUAUUCAACUGGUCUUCUGGCCGCUGCUAUGGAAGUACAAGAUAUAGCUACGGGAUUUAGAGAUCAAAAUGCUAAAAUGGUACCUUUAAUGUUGCAACGAUUACAUAAGUUACAGCAGAAAGCACAUGAAGAACGUCAGCAAAAGGUAUAUGAGGAUUGUCAGAAAAAUGUUAGGCCAUUUGCUCACUUUGGGCAUGACAGGAAUGGUGUUACUGAUUGUGACGACAAAGGCAUUUCCGAAAAACGCAAAUUGCAAGAGAAAUGGCAAAAAAACGGGAUUAUGAAGAAUCAAGAUUCUCCUUCUUCUGAUGAAAAUGAUUCGACGUGCAAUUUCAAUGAUAUGCCAGCCAUUAAAAAGAAAAAUAAUUCUGGUUGUGAAACACCUGUAACGAAUAGUGAGCUAUAUCCCGAGAUUAUGUCCCCACCUUCGUCUAUACCGAAAAUCAUGAACAAUCCCAUUAAUUUACAAGUGACACCAUCUAAACAGGUGUUACAGUCUACAAGGAUUGCGAAUGUGUCGGCAUCCACUAGGUGCAAUUUUCAAAAAUCUGUUCUAUCUCAAAGUUCCAGCACACAUUUAACACUUUUAGAAGGAAAUUCAAAUUCUUCUUGGGCUGAAAUGGAAUCAUAUGUUAUUGGUAACGUACAGAUGUAUCCUCCUACUCUUGCAACUCGUCAGAUGCUGAUCUUGCGUUAUCUAACACCAAUGGGAGAGUAUCAGGAAUUCCUUGGCCAUGUAUUUGAGCAUAACGCACUAGAAUUGAUACUGAAAUAUAUAAAUGUGCGAGAAACUAAAGAUAGCAGAUUGGCUUUUGAAGCUCUCAAAUAUCUUGCAUCUCUGUUAUGCCAUAAAAAAUUUUCAAUUGAAUUUUUAAACGUUGGUGGCUUGCAAAGACUACUAGAUGUACCGAGACCGAGUGUUGCAGCAACAGGUGUGUCUAUAUGUCUUUACUAUCUCGCGUAUUGUGAAGAUGCUAUGGAACGAGUGUGUUUGUUACCAAAACACAUUAUAACUGAUCUUGUGACUUAUGCAUUAUGGUUACUGGAACGCAGUCACGAUUCCGGACGAUGUCACGCAACGAUGUUCUUUGGCUUUUCUUUUCCAUUCAAAGUUAUAUUGGAAGAAUUCGAUGCGCAGGAUGGUUUGAGAAAAUUAUUUAAUGUGAUAUCUACCUUACCAAUUCUAAAUAUCGAAGAAGAACCAACUAUAAAUGAUGAUGAAGAAUGUGCGUCAAGGCAGAUUGUACGACACGUUGCUGUUGCUUUGAAGAGAUAUAUGGAAGCCCAUUUGCAUCUAAAAGCAGAACAAUUGCAACGUGCAGAAAAUGUUAGAGUUGAACGCGAUACAUGGCAGCCUUCAUUACCACCUUACAAGGCAUGCAAACUUAGUAGCGAAGAAGUUCAGGCAAAAGUGGAAAUUCUUCAAGAAUUAAUGUCAGUCAGAGCGACAUGGCCACCAGUGGAGGAACUUCAUCGGUUAGGCGGUAUCACAUUGCUUUUGCAAAUUAUAGCUUUUGCUCGCGAAUGGAAUUACAGUGGGCGGGUACAUACUACGUCAAGUGCUGAAACGGUUAGGUCAUGUUUGGACGUAAUUGCAAUUUGUUCCAUUGUACCAAAAGUCAUGUUGUUGCUAUGUGAAAGAGUUGAUAUGCCAGACAUGUCAAUGACAAUGGCAAUUAAUCUUUUACUAGCCGCUGCUGAAUGUGAGAUUAUUGCAGAUGCGGAUGUACAAAGAGCAGCACUUAGAGCUGUAAUUAAUUGUGUGUGUGCUCCUAUAAACAGAAUCGGAGGAAAUGUAGCUAGAUAUUCUAUAACUGGAUCUGCUAAAAAAAAGACAAAUAUUCACAAUAGUGAAGAAUUGAUACAAAAAGUAUGGGAAAGUGUUAGGUCAAACAAUGGAAUAAUGGUAUUAUUGCAACUAAUGAUGGUAAAAACACCUAUUACCGAUGCCGAUAGUAUACGGGCGUUAGCAUGUCGUGCACUAGCUGGACUAGCACGUAGUGAAAAAGUUAGACAAAUUAUUAGCAAGUUACCAAUGUUCACAAAUGGACAAAUUCAGUCACUUAUGAAAGAUCCUAUAUUGCAAGAAAAACGACAAGAACAUGUUACUUUCCAAAAAUAUGCUCUUGAAUUAAUGGAAAGAGUAUCUGGUAAAGCAAAGCCAACAGGAGCAGAAUACGAAAUUUCCUUAGUUAGUUUACACAGGGCUAAUGUUGUAGCACAAACGAGAAUUCAGUAUAAUGAACAACAACUUAAUCAAUUAAUAUAUCAGCAUCUCAUGUCAAAAGGUUUAAGUGAAACGGCUAAUACAUUACAUAAAGAGGCAAAUUUGGAAUCAUCUACAAUUGUAAGAGCUGCAACAACAUAUCAACCUUUUACAUACAGGAACCCUUCAAAUGUAACUCCAAGGAAUAGUUUUUCUCCAGGUGCCCCUGUUAAUUUAUAUAAUACUAGUAGAUGUACACAAAGAGAAAAUAAUUGUAGAAAUAAUACUACUCCCACGUCGUCAUCUCGAUUUAUAUCCCAUACGGGUGCUUGCACUGGUUCACCAUCUAUAACUAAUAAUGUUCGAUUAAAACUUGCUGAUUGCCUGAAUCAAAAUGUUAUUUCAAAUAAUGCAAAUCAACCAAUUAAACUACAAAUUAAUCAGAAGAAAUCAAUGUCAUCCGAAAGACAACCUUUAGUUAUUCCAACAAAUCAUCAAUCAACAAUGCAGUCUCAACCAACCAAUUGUAGAUCUUUACAAAAACAGAUUUUUAGAGAUCCUGGAAGUGGCGGAGGACCUGGUAUAGCCACCUCUAGUGUAUCUGUUACUCUUGAUUCUAUUAUUACAGAAUAUUUAACUAAUCAACAUGCUCUUUGUAAAAAUCCUAUGGUAACAUGUCCACAAUUUAAUCUUUUUGAACCACACAAAUGCCCAGAUCCAUGUACAAAAAAUUCUUCACCUACAAAUGUAACAGUAAGAUUAGCAAGGCGAGCAUUAGGAAUGGAUGGUAGAAGAUUAGAUAGAAGACAUAUUUAUAGUCGCUUUUGUCCUGUAAAAACUUUUCGGCCUACUGAUGUAGGAGGAAUAUUCACUUGUUGUACUUUCUCGCCUUGCACACAAUAUCUCAUUUUGGGUACUCAUGCUGGAGACAUCAAAAUGUUCAAUAUCCAUACAGGAAUGGAAGAAGCAACUUACCAAUGUCAUGAAUCAUAUGUAUAUCAUAUGGAAUGUAAUCAACGUGGUAAUCUUUUAUUGACUUCCACUGCUUGGAGAAGUCCUAUGUCAGCACUCUGGGAUAUAGGAGCGUUUUUUGAAAUGAAGUUGCCUUUAGAAAAUGAAGAUUAUGUUGAAUUUGGCAAGUUACAAGAUAGAAUAAUUGGUACCCAAGGAGAAAGCGCGACGAUAUACGAUAUAGGAACUGGAAAAUUAUUAACAACCUUGACGCCAUCUAUUUCAAAUCAAUAUACUAAAAAUCGUGCAACUUUUAGUAUGAAUGAUGAAUUAGUACUUAGCGACGGCAUAUUAUGGGAUGUUAAUUCAGGCAAAGAAAUUCAUAAGUUCGACAAAUUAAAUCAAACGUUAAAUGGAGUUUUUCAUCCAAAUGGAACUGAAGUUGUAUCUAAUACUGAAGUAUGGGAUUUGAGAACAUUUCAUUUACUUAAGACAGUUCCUACUCUCGAUGAAAUGGAAGUGAUCUUCUCACCAGUUAAUAAUAUUAUAUAUGCAGUGUCGUUAGAUCAAGAAAGCGAAAACGAUUCUCAUUAUGUAACUUCCUUUAAGACCUUGGAUGCUUUAGAUUAUAGUAAUAUCGCGACAUGUGAUGUAAAAAGAGGAAUUUAUGGUCUUGCCUGCAAUAAAUUUGACACUCAAAUUGCCAUAGUGGAAAAUAUGGGUGAAUUUUCAAGCAUACAAGAAUCAUGUGUUAGAUUGUACGAUGUUGGAAGACGAAGAGAUGAUGAGGAUGAAGCUGAUGAAGAUGAUGAAGAAGAUGAUCUUGAUGCUAGUGACGACGAUGGUUCAAAUUCUGCAUCUGAUGAUAAUAAUGCAGAUGAUGGUAAUAAUGCAGAUGCUGGUGCAGAAGAUAAUGGUGAUGAUAACGAUCAGAAUGAUAGGGGAAAUGAUGAUGACGAUGAUGAUGACGAUGAUGAAGAUGAUGAUGAUGACGGUGAUGAUGAAGAUGGAGGAGAUGAAGACAAUUCUGAUGAUGAUAGUAUGGAUUACAAUCCUAGUGUUGAUAUCCAUAAUUUAUCUGAUGAUUUCUCUUCGGAUAUAGAUGAUUUGGAGAUAAUCACUUUCCGCUAACAUCAUUGAAAA